CCCAAGUCCCCAGAGCUGGACAGCACAAGAGUCAGGUGGCCUGGUGAGGUGAACCCCACGUGCACACGUGUUCCCAUGCCUAAAGAAGUUUCUAAACCAGAGGACGGGGACGUCCUGGUCACGGGUCCCUCGGAGAAGAGCUAGGAAGCUGGGCCAAGGCAGUCUCUGGCCUCAUGAAGACAUCACAAUAGUGGUCAGUCACCCAGCCAGGCAGCUGGGACGGCCGUUGCUUCUCUCCUCCUUGUCUCUGGCCACCAAGCCUCACCAUGAGCACUGCUCAGGAUGAGGACCAGGAGAAUGAGGACACGGAGCCCCAGGUCACCAGGACACCACUGCUGAAACAGAGGAACAAGAAGGAGCCAAAAUGGAGCCAACCUCAGGGGCCACCGCCUCCUUACAACCCUCCUGCAGGAGGCUCCCGCCCUCAGCAGCCCACAGGAAUAUACACCAACCUGCCCAGGAUCUCGACCUCCUUGCCAAUGCGCACCACAUGUCCGUACUGUGGCAACCAAAUCGUCACGGAGAUUACCCCUGUCAAUGGAGUCCUCAACUGGCUAAUGUGCUUAGGCCUCUGUUUGUGUGGGUGCUGCCUGGGCUGCUGCCUCAUGCCCUUCUGGAUGCCCAGCCUGAAGGAUGUGACCCACUCGUGCCCCGUGUGCAAGCACCAUCUCUACCACUACAGACGCGUGUGACCCCUGCCCUGGAAAUAAACCUGCUGCCGCU